UCCUUUUCAUUUUCCCCAAAACAUCAAAACCUCUAAAACCCUCGAAGCCUCUCUCUUCAAAUCUGUAUACUUAUUCGAGAUCGCUGCUUGCUUCGCCAUUGUUGCAAAAAUGAAAGCUUUUAGAUCUCUACGACUACUAAUUUCCAUCUCACGAACGACGACGACGACAACACCUUGUAAACCCCAUCAAUCUCAGAACUUUCUCCGCCGGUUAUACUCAGCGCAGCCGAAUCUAGACGAACCCACUUCCGUCAACGAAGACGGAUCAAGCAGCGACUCUGUUUUCGAUAGCAGCCAAUACCCAAUCGAAGAUUCACCUGGAGACUCAGUGAAAAAGCCCAAGCAAGCUACUUGGGAUAAAGGGUACAGGGAAAGAGUCAACAAAGCCUUCUUUGAAAACUUGGCAGAGAAAGGUAAAGUGAAAGUUGCAGAAGAAGAGAGUUCUGAAGAAGAUGAUGAUGAUGAUGAUGAUGAGGAUAGUGUUGAUAGUUCGAGGAUUCUAGCCAAGGCUCUCUUAGAGGCUGCGUUGGAGUCACCUGAUGAAGAGCUUGGUGAAGGUGAGGUUAGAGAAGAAGAUCAGAAGUCGCUUAAUGUCGGCAUCAUCGGUCCACCAAACGCAGGGAAAUCUUCGCUUACUAAUUUCAUGGUUGGAACAAAGGUUGCUGCUUCUUCACGGAAGACUAACACAACGACUCAUGAAGUGUUAGGAGUAUUGACAAAAGGGGAUACACAAGUCUGUUUCUUCGAUACUCCGGGUCUGAUGCUGAAGAAAAGCGGAUAUGGUUAUAAAGACAUCAAGGCUCGUGUGCAAAAUGCUUGGACUUCUGUUGACCUGUUUGAUGUCCUCAUUGUUAUGUUUGAUGUCCACAGGCAUCUCAUGAGUCCCGAUUCAAGAGUUGUACGUUUGAUCAAAUUCAUGGGCGAAGAAGAAAAUCCGAAACAAAAGCGCGUUUUAUGUAUGAAUAAAGUUGAUCUGGUCGAGAAGAAAAAAGAUCUAUUAAAGGUUGCUGAGGAGUUCCAAGAGCUUCCGGCAUAUGAAAGGUACUUCAUGAUAUCGGGACUUAAGGGAUCUGGAGUUAAAGAUCUCACCCAGUAUUUAAUGGAUCAGGCAGUUAAAAAACCAUGGGAAGAAGAUGCAUUCACCAUGAGUGAAGAAGUCUUGAAGAACAUUUCUCUUGAAGUUGUUAGGGAGAGAUUACUAGACCAUGUUCAUCAGGAAAUCCCAUAUGGCGUGGAGCAUCGUCUAGUGGAUUGGAAAGAGCUGCGUGAUGGGUCUCUCAGAAUUGAACAGCAUCUCAUCACUCCUAAACUUAGCCAACGCAAGAUUCUUGUAGGCAAAGGUGGUGCCAAAAUCGGGAGGAUAGGAAUAGAAGCCAAUGAAGAGCUCAGGAGAAUAAUGAACCGCAAAGUUCAUCUCAUUCUCCAGGUAAAGCUCAAGUGAAACCAUUCCUCCAAGACAUGUUUUUGAGUUUGAUGGAUUUAGGAUUGGUUUGUACGCAAUUAGAUAUCUGUCUGUAUAUGGUGUUGUCAAAGAUCAAACAUUUGACAUUAGAAAUAUAAACUUACUACAAACA